GCAAUAUAAAACUUCAUUGCACCUUCUUUAUAUUAUACACUGUGGACUACACCUAUCUUCCUUCUUUUUCCAAUAUAAAACUUUCUUCACCACACAUAUAUCCCCUCCUCACACCCAAACAUCAUUCCCAAAACUUGUUCAUUUCAUUCUUUUUGCCCUCUUCUGUGGGGUUUCUGCUCUCAAAUGCUCUUGACCCUUCACUUCUUGCCCUUUGUUUUUCUUUCUUUUGCUCUUUCUGAGUCUGGGGGUUUUGAUCAGCUGCACCCGUUCCUAUUGUUGCGCCUGUGGACUCGCCUUCCAUACCCAUCAUGCCUACCCUUGUCAAUUAUAGUGGUUAUGAUGAGCUCUAUACUGGGGGUUCCUUUUGUGCAAAUCCCAUUGAAUUGGGUCGCCUGUGUAAUAUUGGUUCAAGUGUGUACUACACACCUAAUAAGCGUGCUCGCACCAGUGCCUCAGAUAUCAUUGAAGUUGGUGGGCGCGAGCAAGAUCAAAAGCCUGCAAUUGAUGUCCUUCCUGAUGAGUGCCUUUUUGAGAUUUUGAGAAGGGUCGGUAGUGGCAAAGAGAGGAGUUCUUGUGCUUGUGUAUCGAAGCAGUGGCUUAUGCUUACUAGCAGUAUGUGUAAAGCUGAGAUUUACAAAUCUGAUAAGGUGGUGGAGGGGUCAACUUCCUGUGAUGUGGAAAUGGCCUCGGUGGAUGAGGAUCAUGUUGAAGAUGAUGGAUGCUUAACGCGGUGUUUGGAAGGGAAAAAGGCAACUGAUGUAAGGCUUGCUGCAAUUGCAGUUGGGACUAGUGCCCGUGGGGGACUGGGGAAGCUGUCUAUCAGAGGAACCAAUUCUGUUCGCGGCGUCACAGACGCAGGCCUCUCUGCAGUUGCGCAUGGUUGCCCCUCUCUUAGAUCAUUAUCUCUGUGGAAUGUGUCUUCUAUUGGGGAUCAGGGUCUGUCUGAGAUAGCAAAAGGAUGCCAUAUGUUGGAGAAGCUUGACAUAUGCCAGGCUUCUUCUAUUAGCAACAAAAGCCUAAUUGCAAUAGCUAAGGGCUGCCCCAAUUUGACCACCUUAAAUAUUGAAUCAUGUCCGAAGAUUGGAAACGAGGGGUUGCAAGCUAUUGCGAGGUCUUGCCCCAAGUUACAGUGCAUCUCUAUCAAGGAUUGCCCUCUUGUUGGGGACCAUGGAGUAUCAAGUCUAUUAUCAUCAGCUAAUAACCUUUCAAGGGUAAAGCUUCAUGAUUUAAACAUUACAGAUUUCUCUCUGGCUGUCAUUGGCCACUAUGGAAAGGCAAUUGUAAAUUUGGUCCUCUGCGGUCUUCAAAAUGUCAGUGAAAGGGGGUUUUGGGUCAUGGGUGUUGCUCAAGGUCUGCAUAAACUUAUGUCACUUACGGUUACUUCAUGCCGAGGGGUAACAGAUGCAAGCAUUGAAGCCAUGGGUAAAGGUUGCAUUAACCUGAAGCAGAUGUUUCUUCGGAGGUGUUGCUUUGUAUCCGACAAUGGGUUGGUCGCAUUUAGCAAAGCUGCAAGAUCUCUUGAGAGCUUGCAGUUGGAGGAGUGUAACAGCAUCACCCAGUUUGGAAUUAUUGGUGCCCUUUCAAGCUUCAAAACAACACUAAAGUCUCUCACCCUUCUGAGAUGCAAGGGAAUUAAAGAUAUAGAUGUGGAAGUAUCUAUGCUUUCUCCUUGUGACUCUCUCAGACAUUUAUCCAUUCAUAACUGCCCUGGUAUUGGAAAUUCUAGCCUAGCUAUGGUUGGGAAAUUGUGUCCUCAACUUCAGCAUGUUGAUCUGACUGGACUUUAUGGUGUAACUGAUGCUGGUCUUCUUCCUCUUUUGGAGAAUUCAGAGGCCGGACUUGUCAAGGUGAACCUUGCUGGCUGCUGGAAUUUGACAGAUAACAUAGUUUCAGAAUUAGCCAGGCUACAUGGUCGAACCCUUGAAAUGCUGAAUCUUGAUGGAUGCCGGAAAAUUACCGAUGCAAGCUUGGUUGCUAUUGCAGAUAACUGCCUUCUUCUUAACGAUUUGGAUGUGUCAAAGUGUGCAAUCACUGAUGCCGGAGUAGCUGUUCUUUCAAGUGCCAGGCAGCUUACUUUGCAAGUGCUUUCUUUGUCAAACUGUUCUGGUGUAACAAACAAGAGUGCACCUUCCCUAACAAAGUUGGGCCAGACCUUGGUAGGGUUGAAUCUUCAAAAUUGCAAUUCAAUUGGGUGCAUCACAGUGGAGUUGCUAGUGGAGAACUUGUGGAGAUGUGAUAUUCUGGCUUAAUAUCUUAACCAUUUUGAUUGCUAUAUCAGGGACGGAGACACAAUUGAAGUGAUUAAACCGGAUCUGAAAAUACAUCAUAGAUGGUACAUGUAUCAAGUUGUAUAAUGAACUCACAGGUGGUGACAUUCGGCAUGCUUUUUGGGCAGAUGUACCUACCUAUCAAGGGUGGAUUGGGCGACAGUUUGUUGACAUGGUUGUUUUCCAGGGAACUAUGGCAGAUCCUUUCUUCAGCCUUUUUUUUUCAAGCAUUUUUCAUAUCGAAGUGCUUGUUACAACCCUUUUGGCCUUGCUACUGGAGGCCACUUCUUUUAUGCUAUGGUAACCCUGAGAACAAGUUUACUAUGACCUGGUUGACGCUUGCCACUGGAUAGAUAGUGCAUUGUAUAUGUUAAGUCUCUUUUGUACUGCUGGAUGUUGGGUAUUGAUGUGGUUUAUAACUUCAAUAAUGGUGCUCAUACUUUGAAAUAAUCUUGUCAAUUUAGUGUUUGCCAAUCUAGAAUCAUACCACACAUGGAAUCUGGAUGAUUUAACAUGUUUUCCUAUAGUCUACCGUGUUUUUUUUUUCUUUUAAGAGGUUCUCUCUUGCUUAUGCACUGCUGCUUUUAUUUGUUCUAUAAUAAUAAGGCAAUUUAUAGUUUUUAUA